AUGAUUCACCGUUUGAUCGAGGUAAUUACUUCUCAUCUUCACUUAGUAAGCUCGUCCCAUGAGCAUACAAACAAGGUCCAGAGGGAGAUUGAGAUGGCAGAGGAAAUAGUGGUAGAACCCGAAUCUUUGCGGGAAAUUGAGCACAUCGUGCUCGUUCUGUCCGGUAAGGGAGGCGUCGGGAAGAGCUCGGUGACUACUCAGCUCGGCAUGGCGCUAGCAUGCAGGGGUCUGAAGGUGGGCAUUCUGGACAUCGAUCUCACCGGCCCAUCGCUGCCGCGCAUGGUCGGGAUGGAAGGAAAAAGCGUACUCCAGGGGCCUCGCGGGUGGAUCCCAGUGGACGUGCCGACUGGAAUGGAGCAAGGUUGUCUGCGCGUAAUGUCGCUGGGCUUUCUGCUCGAUGAUCGGGGAGACAGCGUUGUGUGGCGUGGGCCCAAGAAAACAGCUAUGAUCAAGCAAUUCAUCUCGGACGUCUACUGGGGGGCGCUGGACUAUCUGCUGAUCGAUACGCCUCCAGGGACGUCCGAUGAGCACAUAUCGAUUGCCGAGGAGUUGCGGGGCGCAAGGCCCGACGGCGCAAUCAUCGUUUCCACGCCGCAGAAGGUGGCUGUCGCUGAUGUCAAGAAGGAGAUAAACUUCUGCAGAAAAGUUAACUUCAAGCUGCUGGGUGUGGUGGAGAACAUGUCUGGCUUUGUGUGUCCUCAUUGUUCCGAGUGCACCAACAUCUUUGCACGUGGUGGGGGAGAGUCGCUCGCCCUGGAGUCAGGGGUUCCGUUUCUGGGAACUGUGCCGAUAGACCCAGCAUUUGUCGAAAUGAUCGAGAGUCAGAGUAGUCGAGAGGAACCACUGAUAUCAUUAUAUAAAACGUCAGGGCUAUACCCCAUCUUUGCUAGGAUUGUCCAGCAUGUCCUCGACCAGGGAAUCCCGUCAAGAUGCCAGUGA